AUUUUACCAACAUAAAUUGUCAUGUCGUCUUUCUUCACAUUGCCCGCCUCGCAGGCGAAACGAAAACGCCAGAAUGCCGAGAACAGUACACGUCAAACUUCGCGGACCGGCAAACCAGCGAGCAAAGUCCGAGAUGAGUCCAUCUCGGGCAGUGACAUAUCAGACGACGACCACAAUGGACCCACCACCAGAAGUGACCAAGACGGGUUGAGCUCUGAUUCCGAUGGUGAAGAGUUUGCCAAUGAAGUGCCAUCAGCAAAGCGACUCCGUUUGGCAGAGCAAUACCUUGCGAAUACACAACGCGAGGUUCUAGACGAAGCUGGAUUUGACGCCGCCGACAUUGAUGCGGAGAAUUUGGCAGCCCGAAUGGGCGAGCGCCUCAAAGAAGACACAGCUGAGACUAAAGGGCGGCUGUAUCGUUGGAUUGCGGACGAUUUCGAUUGGACCAAAGCCGAGCGCGCACAGUUUCGACAUCAUCAAAAAUCGGUCAACGGCGUCGCGAUCGCUGGCAAAUUUGCAUACACGGUGGGCAAGGAUGGAAUAAUUGUGAAAUGGGAAUUAGCGGAAAAGAGCUCAGGCGAUCAAAGAACGAGUAGGAAGCCUAGACGGGUGCUGGUGUCACGAAGGUUUGGACAAAAGGUGGCUCAGCACGCUGACGAUCAUACGAGCUCUAUCUACUGCGUCGCAGCUUCGCAAGAUGGGCGUUUCGUUGCGACUGGCGGCGCUGACCGGAAGCUUAUCAUCUGGGAUGCUGCAACUCUGAAGCCUCUCAAAGUUUUCCCACAGCAUCGUGAUGCUGUGACCAGUCUGGCAUUUCGACGAGGGACGAAUCAGUUGUUUAGUGCAAGCAAGGACCGGACGGUGAAGACCUGGUCGUUGAACGAACUCACAUAUGUCGAGACUCUCUUCGGUCAUCAGGACGAGGUUGUGGACGUCAGUGCUCUAACUGAGGAAAAAUGCGUCACGGUCGGUGCACGAGACCGUACAGCGCGACUCUGGAAGGUCGUAGAAGAAAGUCAACUUGUUUUCAGAGGCGGAGGCGCACAAGGCAAAUCGCGAUCGAAUCAUCGCCACGGAAAUGUCAGCGACGUAGAGAUGGCUGAAGUCGAGAGGCAUCACGAAGGAUCGACAGACCGAGUUGCGUGCAUCGAUGAGGAGACAUUUGUCACUGGUUCUGAUAACGGAUCGCUGUCGCUGUGGAACAUUUACAAGAAGAAGGCAGUAUUCACUUUGCCCCUCGCACACGGUCUGGACCCUCCCCUGCCUCUAGAUGAGGUUAGUGCCGAGUUGAAUCCUGAACAAGCCGUAGCUGGGAGACCGCAGGCUCGAUGGAUCACCGCUUUACGCGCAAUCCCUUUCUCCAACAUUUUCGUCACCGGAAGCUGGGACGGCUAUGUGCGAGUUUGGAAGAUCAGUACCGAUAAGCGCCGCAUCGAAUCUCUUGGCCGAGUCGGGUCGUUGACAGACGGGACUAUCAAGAACGUUCGCGUGGAAGGAAUCAUUAACGACCUUGCAAUAAUCGACGUUGGCGAUCGAGCCAGCGACGGCGUCAUUGUCAUUGCGGCUGUGGGCAAAUCUCAUCGUUUGGGUAAUUGGAAGGAGUACAAGGAAGGGAAGAACUAUGCAGUCCUGUUCGAGAUCCCUCGACUCGUAAGUGGCAGCACAGAAAGCGAUGCCAAUACGGAGGACACGACCCAAACAAUUGGGCAUUCGGUUGCAGAUUGA